AACAAAAUGUAAAAGACUAAAACACGUGCAACUUUAGAAAUUCAAAAAUAUUAAAAUUCCAAUUUAUGGGCACGUACGGACUACAAAACUCUUCACAGUUUCACCUCUACAAAUAGUAGCAUUGAAACACAGUGAAACCACACCGCAAACUCUUCUCCCUCCUUUUCUUUCCUCUUAAAAAAAAAAGAAACUCAAGUUCAAUUUCAUUUGGUUCAAUGGCAGGAGGAGGGAGAGUAGAUCUAGAUGGAAACCCUAUUAAGCCCAUAACAAUAUGCAUGAUCGGUGCUGGUGGUUUCAUUGGGUCCCACUUAUGUGAAAAACUCAUGGCGGAGACACCUCAUACGGUGCUAGCCGUUGAUGUUUACUGUGAUAAGAUUAAGCAUUUGCUUGAACCGUCUGAACUUCCUUGGAAUGGUCGUAUUCAGUUUCAUAGAAUGAAUAUUAAGAAUGAUUCUCGUCUUGAAGGACUCAUCAAAAUGGCAGAUCUGACUGUGAAUCUUGCUGCAAUCUGCACUCCAGCUGAUUAUAAUACACGUCCACUAGACACAAUCUACAGCAACUUCAUUGAUGCUCUACCGGUGGUUAAGUACUGCUCGGAAAAUGGAAAGCGUCUCAUUCACUUUUCCACUUGUGAAGUUUAUGGGAAAACCAUAGGUGCCUUUUUACCCCAAGACAGCCCAUUGCGCCAAGAUCCUGCUUUUUAUGUUCUUUCGGAAGAUUCAUCUCCUUGCAUAUUUGGAUCUAUUGAGAAGCAAAGGUGGUCCUACGCCUGUGCAAAACAAUUGAUUGAGAGAUUGAUCUAUGCUGAGGGUGCUGAGAAUGGCCUAGAAUUCUCCAUUGUUAGGCCCUUCAAUUGGAUUGGUCCCAGGAUGGAUUUUAUACCUGGGAUUGAUGGUCCUAGUGAAGGUGUUCCAAGAGUGUUGGCUUGCUUUAGUAAUAACCUUUUAAGACGUGAACCACUAAAGCUAGUGGACGGUGGACACUCACAGAGAACCUUCAUAUAUAUCAAGGAUGCUAUUGAAGCUGUUCUCCUGAUGAUUGAAAAUCCUGCACGGGCCAAUGGCUUUAUCUUUAACGUGGGCAAUCCUAAUAAUGAAGUUACUGUCAAGCAGCUAGCUGAAAUGAUGACUCAGGUGUACUCAAACGUGACUGGGCUAUCUCCUCUUGAAACACCUACAGUUGAUGUAAGUUCCAAAGAAUUUUAUGGCGAGGGGUAUGAUGACAGUGACAAGCGAAUUCCAGACAUGACCAUAAUUAACAGACAGCUUGGUUGGAACCCAAAGACAUCCCUAUGGGACUUGCUUGAAUCUACUCUCACAUACCAACACAGGACAUAUGCUGAGGCUGUCAAGCAGGCAAUGUCAAAGUCAACUGCAAAUUGAAUGAUCUUGAGCAGAGCUUUACUGUGUGCUUCAUGUUGAUUGCCUUUCGUAUUCUUUGGAAGAAUCUUCAUCUACUCUGUUUGUCUUCAUCCACGUUCUGCUAGUCAUCUACUUCAUGCAAAUCUUUAAUAUGUAUCAGCCAUAAGCAUCAUGUUUUUUAAGUUGUGGCACAAUAGAUCCACUAGGAAAUUGUGUCAUAUGUUGUUUGUGUAAUGUAAUAUCAUUAGAGCCUUUAGCUGCAGCAGUUUUCGACACGUUAGUCAAAGGAAGCCUGCAGUCGCUCUGUUGUUUGUUGUCAUUCUUCAGUGUGGUAGUUUGUUUAUCAUUCCACUUAAUAAGACGUUCCUAAUUUAUUUCUAGUAUAA